CGACUUCAAUGCGCCUCGAGAGUCCGCUGCGUUCAGUCGCCCCAGUGCGCUCCUCAGAUACAAACGAACCUACGAGAUACUUUUCUCGCGCCGCGUGUGUUUUCAACUAAUAGAGCAGAAUACUAAAGAGACUUGACUCACAUCCGUGCUAUGCCAGUGUAAUUUCGAAAACAACCUUAAGAUAAAAAGUGCACUGAAAUAUAAGAAAAAGAAAAAUAUAAAAUAAGAAAUAUAUAAAUAAAUAAAUAUAAGAAAAACCACAAGCAAUGGCCACCUCCACGCUGCAAUCUCCGUCGCCGUCGGCCAAGAAUCCGCAGCUGAAGCGCGUCGUCUACUCCAAGUAUCGGGAGCUGCUCGGGUCGUACAAUGAUAAGGCCAAUGCCAUCAUCGACACGCUGCCCGCUUAUAUGGUUCGUCAGGAUCGCGGAUUUCAGCUGUCAGAGCUGGCCGCGAAUGGGGAUGCCAAGAUGGCCCUGGAAUCGUCGUAUGGACAGCGCGGAGGAGGCGGAUCCGGAAACGGCGGCUACGAGGCGCCAGCCUGCGUGCAGAACGCGAUGAUGACAAAAGACAAGAAGCCCUUCACCUACACGCCCGGCGGCAUCGAUCUCUCCCAGAUCCGGUCCGAGCGGAUGGCCAAGCGGCUGGCGCGCAACGCCCAGUCGGAGGGGGCCACCGGAGCGGCCCAGCAGAACAGACCCGCUCAGCCGCUGUCGCCAGGCGGUGGCGGUGCCGGUGCCGCUGCACCGACGGCCACCAGUACGAUGGGUGCCGCUGCCAUGGGCAUGCCGUUCCAGGUGCUGCCACCACCACCGCCGCCACCGAUGCAGUCGGGACCAAAACCAUCGGUGGAAAGCAGUUAUAGCCCCUAUGCAGCCACUCAGCAGGUGACGGUGCCACAGCAACAGCCAACGCCGCCGGCAACACCGCCGCAACAGCAGCAACAGCAGCAACAGUCGGAGCAGCAAUCUGCAACACAGUUCCGCAGUGUGGCCAUGCCCACAUCGCCGGCUGUAAGUGUCUACACUCGUCAGACGGACAGUCCUAGAUCGCCCUUCGAGCAACAGCAGCAGCAGCAGCAGCAGCAGCAGCAGCAACAACAGCGAUCCACUGAAAGCCCCUUCCGAUUUGCACAGCAGCAACAGCAACAGUCACCACAGCUACGUCCACCAACUGCGAUAUCGCCACUGGCUCAGGUGCAGCAGCAGCAGCAGCAACAGCAAUUGCAGCAGCAGCAACUGCAGCAACAGCUACAGCAACAACAAUUGCAGCAACAACAACUACAGCAGCAACAGCUACAGCAGCAACAACUGCAGCAGCUACAGCUUCAACAGCAACAGGCAGCUCAAUCUGUGCCCUGGCGUACGCAACGCGCUCAGCCUGCAGCACAACAGCAACAGGAAUUGCAUCCGCAGCCCAUCUACAACAAUGUUCAGCAGCAGCAGCAGCAACAAAGAUCUCGCGAUGUCUUCAGUCCGGCAAGAACUGAAGCACCAGCAGCAAACACGUUCAAUUCACAGCAGCAACAGCAGAACUUUGGCACUCAACAAAACCAAUUUGCAGGAGCAACAAAGCCGACCAAUGUGGGCUCGCUCUACAUAGCUCCUUUGGCCCAGCCCACAGAGCCACAGGCUCAGCGAAUUCUUCUGCAGCAGCAGCAGGCAUCUGCCCGGGAUUCCCCGAUGCGCCAAUUGCCACAGCAGCAGCAGCAGCAGCAGCAGCCGCAGGCCAACCAGCCGAUGCGAUGGCUCAGCUCCCAGCCGGCCAGCAAGGAGCAGGCUCCCUGGGCUCGUCCCGAGGAGAACGGCAACGUCCUGCCCUCCACUCUGCGACAGACCACUCCGGCCCCGCAGCCCCAAGUCGUACCUCAAUCGCAGCCACAGCAGCAACAGCAGCAGACAUCCUUCUAUCAGCCACAGUUGGUCCAAGGAAAUGGCUUUGGACAAACUCCGAUUUCGGCUGCUUCUAUUAGUCAGCAGAAUUUCGGAUCCAAUCCCCAGCCUGGAGGACUGCGUUUGCAGAUCAAUUUGAACACCAAUGGCAGCAGCAAUAAUGGAAAUCAAAGUGCUCCAAGGGAGCGUAUCAUACCCAUAACCUUAGAGCAGACGCCGACCUAUGCCGCAGCCCAGCCCAACUUUGGUGGUUACCAAAAUUACCCAGCUCAAGGUCAGCGAGUCCUGUCGCCCACCCAUCAGCCACCCACCAGUGCCAACAACAUGAACAACACCAAUGGUAAUGGAAAUGGUAAUGCCACCAGGAUAAUCCCCAUUGCAAUCGAAGGAGGACGCGGCGGUCCAGUUUCCCAGUCGCCGGUGCUGCUGCAAAACGAUCCACGCUCACCGCCCAUCCAAUCGAAAUCGUUUAGAAUAUUGCAAAAGAUAACCGACACCGUGGACGAUGGCAGCGGGCAUGGUAAUGGUGACUUGCGGCAGGAGUCGCGGCAGGACCUGCAGCAGACGCCCCAGGAGGCGGAGUUGCAGAGGCCGCAGUUCGCCCGCCAGAUGAGUGCCCAGCAGGCCAGGAACAGUCCGACCAUCGAGCAGAUGCGACGCCUCCAAAUCGCCCAGGAUCAGCAGAAUAAUCAUCAGCAGUCGGGUACGCCACUAGCUUGGUCCCCGCAAGGUAAUGGCGUCUCAGCACAGAAUCGAUUCACACAACAACGAUAUGAUACACCCCAGCAACAGCAAUAUGUGCCGCCAAGUGAACAGCAGGCUCCGGAACCCAAAAAAUACACCGGCAGCGCUAUACCCAGUCGAUCAUUCAAAAUUCUACAGGCAAUGACAACACCUGAAAAUGCCGACCAUAAAAUUCACACCGAGCUGGACUCGGAUUUGGAAAAUGUUGAAUUGAACGAAACCCCAAAUAAUAAUAAUAAUAAUAAUAAUAACAACAACGGAAAUACUGAAAACAAUAAUAAUAAUCAUAAUAAGAUUAACAGUAAAACCAAUAAACGUCAUAGCUACACAUCAGCCACACCCACACCUACACCUACACCCCCGCCACCACCAUCCUGCACAGAUCCCACCACCCACUCAUCAAACUCAUCCCUCAAUUCGGAUAGCUCUUCCACCCCGCAGACCCCUCGCUCGCAGUCGGUGCCCCCGCAUUAUCCCUAUGCCUAUGGCUACCCAUAUCCCUGGUACAUGCCUCCUCCUCCUCCGUCUAUGAAUAGUGACGCGGCGCCUUGGCCAUAUCCCUAUUCAUAUCCCCCGCCACCACCGCCGCCACAACAAUCGUUGGUGGACGGCAAACCGGCGGAGGGAUUUGCCCCUUACCCAUAUUACUACCCCUAUUAUCCACCACCCAUGCCACCCUAUGGACAACAGCCGGGUGAAUCCCCUGGCUAUCCCCAGUACCAUGCCAUGCCACCCUAUGGCCAUCCUUAUCCCUAUCCAGUGGCACCCAGUUAUAGCCAGAGUUCCACGGAGGAGAGCAGAGCCAGCAGUGUUCUGCCGGACAUUAUCAUCACGCCCAGUACCGACGAUAUUCCCUCGCAGGUGAUCAUGCAACACCACAUCCGAGUGGAGCCCCGAGAGCCGCCGAAACGGGCGCACUCCGUGGAGAUCGAGGAGCUGGUCAGCAAGCCAAAGGCCCGGAAUAUCUGCACCACCAAGCACCAGGUCAUCGAUGUGCUGAGCCAACGUUUGGCGAGCAUCAACAAAAUUGCCAGUGGAAACACCCAGGCCAAUCUCUCCAAGCAAUUGCACAAAAACUAUGCAGGCGAGAAGUCCAAGGAGCUGGGCGAGAGAUCCCCCAGCGAGAAUGCCUCCAAUUCCGAUAGCGAAUCGGAGGAGGAGAGCAGUGACGAGGACGAAGAGGAUACCCCCAAGCUUGGAGCUCGUCCAGCUGCCUUGCAGUCCAUCAAAUCGGUGACCAAUGUCCAAGUCUACAAGGGUAAGACCUUAGAGCAGCAUCUGGAUUCCGAGAGCAGUGAGGACGAAGAUGAUGUGACCACGGCGGAUGAGAUGUACGAUGAAGAGGAACAGAUCGAGGAAGAGCAAGAGGAGGGCCUGGUCGAGGAAAUGGAGGAUGACUACAUUGUAGAGGAGGAUUUGAGUGUCAUCUACGAGGAGGAGAGCGAACUGGAACGCAGCAGUGAAUACGCCAAGACAGUCAUUCGAAGGGAUGACUCCAGAUCCACCAUAGUCGAUGAUAUUGAAAAACAAAUCGAGGAAAAUGAUGAUGAUGACGAUGAGGAGUCCAAUUCGGUAACAGUUCGACUGCCACUUCGCUUCUCCUUCAGCCGCAGCUCCAAUGAUGAAAACAUCGCCACUGUUGAAGUGGGCAAUACCACUCAAAUCGAAGAAAAGCAACCCAGCAUUGUCAGCACGUUCAGUGUGGCCAAAGUGGAAAGUGAGGACGAAGACGAUGACUGUGAGGUCAGUGUGACCAUCAGUUUGUCGAACUCUUCGCGUUCAAACUCAGUCGAAAAGUCAACGCAGCCGUACAAGCCCUCCAAUGCCUAUCCCGUGGAGGAGAUCAGUACACCCCUCAAAGCCAGUGAAGAAGAUGUCUCUGCUUCAUUCUCACUAGGCAUGCAAAAAUUCAUAAGCGAAACAAUAGCCAACGAUGUUACCAAUAUUAUUUCGCAAAAUAAACCAAAGGAAAACAUCGCAGAAGUUAAAGAAGUUGCAAGUUCCCCAAAAGAAGAAUUCGAUUUCUUUGCCACUUUAAUGGCCACCAAAAUGCAGGCUCAGAAAAUGAUGGAGCAGUCGAAAAACUUCUGGAAAACUCCUGAAUCUAAGCCAGAGGAGGCGGCAGCUGAAACACCAAAUCUUCGACCCAAGGAGAAUAUAUCUGCGACCAAGCCACCAAGACCCAUGUCUGGUGAUAUGUCCAAGACUCAGGCUUCCCUGGAGGCAGCCAAAAAUAGCUUCUGGUCUACCUUUGCUACAACCUCUAAAGAAAAAGAACCUGAAGCCGAGGAGAAGGAAAAAACUGAGGAAGUCGACUUUUGGGCCAGCUUAGAAAAGAAAGAAACCAUCGAUGAGGAGGAUAAGCAGUGGACCAAGAAAAAGAAAACCGUAACCUAUACUCCCCUGAAAAAAGAGUCAGUCGUUAAAGUGGAGCACUGGACAACAACGCUCAGUGCUCAGGUGGAAUCACUGCCUGUUCCUCAAAAAGCUGAGGUGCAUUUUGUUGUUGAGGAGAAGCCUAAGGAAAUUGUGCAACCACAAGAUCAGGAUCAGGUCGAAGAGGAAAACUUCUGGGCCUCGGUAAACCAAACCAAGGUGGAAAACACAGUAAGCUCAAGCUGGGAACCCACAACUUACAAUUCAGAGACGCAGAAUGAACCGGAAAUUGAUAUCUGGGCUGCUCAGGAAGUGACAGAGGAACCAACCCAAGAAGAACAAGAAUUCUGGGCAGAGGCCGAAAUUGAAUCAACUACCAGCUACCAAGAUGAAGAGAAACCCAACGAGUACACAUACGAUCCAACUAAAUACCCCGAGGAACCACGAGAAGUGGAUACCGAUGAAGAGAUCGAUUUCUGGGCCGAAAUCGAAGCCAAGCGCAAGCCAGGCGAAGACGAUGAUGAGGAUGUCACGUUCCAUAAGUCAGCCACCUUUUGGGCCCGCAAAGAACGCCAGAAUUCGGUGGAGGAGACACCUUACAAGCCCGUCGAGAUCAAGGCUUUUAGGGCCAAAUUACCCGACGAAGCAGCUGUGGAGAUUGAUGUAUGGGCUACUUUGGAGGCAGCCAGGGGUCACGAGCCCGAAAUCGUGGAUCCCGUGGUGGAGGAGGAAAAAGUUCUCGCCGAGCAAUUCGAGGAACUCGAACACGACAGUUCUGAGGAGGAGGAAGAGGAGGAGCAAAUUGAAGAGAUUGUGGAGAAACCCCAUGCAGAGAUCCUUGAGAGCAAUCUAAGUCACAUGGACACCAUGUCCCUGGCUUCGAUGCACGAGCCAGCCACCGUCUACACCUGGGCUCCUCCACCGCAGGACACCAAAGACACCGAGGAGGAAACCGAUUUCUGGGCGGACAUGGAACAAGAACGAUCCACGAAGGAGCAGUUCGAGGAGGCCGAGCAAAAACGUCAGAAUUACCGCCAGGCCAUGGCCUUCUUCAACACCUCAAUCGAUGGUCAGCAGACGCCGCCACAACAGAACUCCAGUCCGAAUCGCAGCAGUGUUAUCCUGGAAGUCGAGGAACCACAAGAAGUGGACUUGGGACCACCUGGUGAGUACCAGUUAGUGGGCGAGGAUGGCCUCAUCGUGGAGGAGCAUAGGCAAGCAAUAACCGAAACCGAAGAAGAGGAGCGAGGAGCUGCAACUCCCACAAACAUGGAGCCACAACUACCAGAGGUCUAUGUGGAACCCGAGCCGGAAGUUAAGCGCCUGUCGAAUGGAUUACCCGAUCUGGAGGUGGAGAAGUUCAGUGACGCGCCCAAGAUUUCAGUGCGUGAUCGGAUCAGUGCUUUUGAGGUUAUACCCACGCCGGGAACUGAUGGCUCCAAGGGCUUGACCAAGCAAUCCCUGUCCGUUGACAGUGCUUAUGGCAAGGGAACCCUCUCGCGCAACAGCAGCACCCAGCGAUCCGAGUCAGAGAUUGAGGAGGAUGACUCCGGGGUGACAGACAUGAAUCGACAGCUUUCCGAAACCGACACCGAGUCGGAAAGUUUCCCGGAGCUGCGAAAGAUGACCAGCUACCAGCGGGCGGCCACACAUUCCAGGCUCUUCAAGCUGCUGCAGGACGAGAACGAUGUUCCCGAGGCGGGAGCCCAACCGGCCGAUGAGUUCCAGUUGAAACCCAGCCGCAGGAAGAUCGUGCACAAUGUGUCCAUCACAAGGAGGCAGAAUCCUGGAGCCCUCAAUGAUGCGGAGACCAUGACACAGCGCAGGGAACGCCUUUCGCUGCCGCUGCGUAAGAACACCAGCAUCGAUGCGGACAACCCAUCGACGCCAAAUAGUCCGGCCUCACCCAUUAUGGGACCUUCGGCCAAGAACCAGCGCGUGGUGAGCGACAAGCUGGUCAACGAACUGGUCCAGAGUCUGCUCCUCAAGAGCGACAGCACGCACCUGAGGAAUCUGCCCAUGGAACGCCUGCAGGCGGCCGCCAAGAGAGCGCUGGUGGAGGAGAUGGACUCGGCGCAGGAGAACAGCUCGCUGGACAGCACGCCGGCGCCCACGCCCAAGCAGGACAAGGAGUACUCCGACUACUACAACAGCUGGUGCGAGGCCAGCGGGGAUGAGGCGGUGGCCUCCAAGAGCUUCCGUUCGCUGCAGGAUCCGCGUCGUAGUCCCUGGACAGUGCGUUGUCCGCGGGUGCUCAGCUCGAAGACAAUCAACCGGGACUUGGCUCGGGUCACAGAGUCACCGGAAAUCGCCAACGGACGGGGCAGCAAGAGUCCGGAGUGCUUCCGCCAGAACUCACACUCACAGUCCCGGGAACGAUCCGUGAGCAGUUGGCGCAGGGUCUAGGAUAGGGCAAAGGAUUGCCUAUUGUACAUAACAGGGCGGGUCUAUAGUCUUUAGCUGGGAUGUGAGACCGGUUCAAAUGGGAGAUCGAAUCUCGCCAAGAGAAGCCCAUAAAUUCGAACGACAUAAAAAGCGAACUUAAAUCGAUUUGGUAAACCCUACUUCUGGUUAAAGUAUAGCCAGUAUUAAGGCGGUAAAGCUUGAAGCUAGUCCAUUUCCGAACCGGAUUUCACUCCCGAACUUUUGGUAACACUAAGCACCUUCUGCAUUUGGCCAUGAUAAUCACUGCCCCUGGGAAUGAGGUGAUAUAAUAGAGCCAGUUAUUGCAUUUCUCAUCACUAUCAUCCCUUAUCAUCCAACAUUGUACAUUAUGAAUAUCGAAUACACUCAAUACAUUAUUAAAACUAAAUCUAAUUAAACAUGUAAAUAAACCAAUUGAAACCAAUGAAAGGAAAUCGUUCAUUCGUUCGUUCGUUUGUUACCUCAGUAAAGCGCAAAACCAAAACAAAAAAAACCAACCAAAAUCAUUUUCUAAAACUACAUGAGUAUUUCAAAAUUUGUAAACAGUAACUCAUGAAAUCGAACCAAAUAAUAACAAGCAUAUAAAACUGAAAACAAAAAAUCUAUCAAACGCACCAAUAAACAACAAAAUAAAAACCAAUUUCAUCUCAACUCAAUGAUUUUGUAAAACUCGUUCAAAAUCCUAAGGACCUGGACAAUCGGAUCUAUAAUUAUUUCUCAACGCCAUAGAAAUCAAUUAUAGCAACUCAACAGCAGCAAACAGAAAACGAUACUGAAAAUCAAUCAGAUUGCUUGUUAUAGUUAUCUAGUUUAAGUACCAGACACUCUAAGGAUCGCCACAAUCAAAUAACUUGGGAACGGGAACAAGUUUUUAGUAAAAUUUCUUUACACUAAACAACACCAUUGUAGCUGAAGAGGAACGUUUUUUUUUGUUUAACGCGAUUUGGUAGCAGCACUAAAACCAAACAAAAGAAU